UGGGAAGAAAUAGGCAGCAAUCAAUAGAAGCCUAAGACAAAUAGUCUGGCGUUACCGUAAUACUUCGGUACUGUAAUUUGUAUAUUGAAGACGUUAAACUCGUCAUCGCGAAAUCGAAAUAAGUCAUCUUCUUUGGUCCGUCAGGCGAGAUCUGUUGGGUUCCCAAGAAAAUUGAAUAAAAAAGAAAAAAGAACGGGAAACAAAAUUGACCAGUGGUUCAUAAUUCUCUGCAAGUUUUGCCUCUGAAUAAAAUUUGUGUCCUAGAGAAGGGGAAGGGCUUUGAAAAUGGCAGCAAUCUACAGUCUCUACAUUAUUAACAAAUCAGGAGGUUUAAUUUUCUAUAAGGAUUAUGGAUCGGCAGGACGUAUGGACACCAAUGAUAGCUUGAGGGUGGCAAGUUUAUGGCAUUCGAUGCAUGCUAUCUCGCAGCAGUUGUCUCCGGUUUCGGGUUGCUUUGGAAUUGAGCUUCUCCAAGCUGACACCUUUGAUCUCCAUUGCUUCCAAUCACUAACGGGGACAAAAUUCUUUGUGGUCUCAGAGCCUGGGACACAACACAUGGAAGAUCUCUUGAAAAGCAUCUAUGAAUUAUACACGGAUUAUGUCCUAAAGAAUCCCUUUUAUGAGAUGGAGAUGCCCAUAAGGUUAUUGCCAAGGGCUUGGAAUCUGGAUCGUGCUCGAUGGUCGUUCUUAUUUUACAUUACACUCGGAUCUGAGGUAAGGGGAAAGGGAAGCUGGACCAGCCAUGAGUUGGAGAGCUUCGGUGGCGACGUUUACAUAUACAACUGCUUGACCACCACAGCCAAGGUUUCUCAGAGGAACUUGGGUUAAACCCUAUUUUUGUCGCUUAGGUUGGCGGGUUGUAACUUAUGAGUUGUAAUUAUCCUUUUGGCACUGUAAACAACUUUGUAAACAUUUAUUAUGGGAUCCCAUGAACAACUUAACAUUUUAUGAAAUAUCUAUUCCUUUUGAUCGAAA